GGGGUCGGCAGAGUGGAUGGGGAGGGGGUUCACGAUGAAGUUGGUGGCCAGCAGGGAAGAAGAAUCAAUGGCGAGGAUAGAGAAGAAGCCGAAGAACAAAUCAGAUCCGAUGUGAAGACCGACAAAAUCCGAAUCAGGGAAACGAUAGUGUAGGAGAAAGGUUGAACAUGGCACCACUAGCUGAUGACAAUCACAACAACUUGUCUCGGGGGAAGAUGAAUAUUUUUUCUUUUCUGUCUAUCUUUGCUGUAAAAGAGAUUUUUUUUUCUCUGUCUGUCUGUUCUUUUGCUUUUUCUUUUUCUUUUUUUCGUUCUGGGAUGAUGUCGGGGACGGCGAAAGUCCUGAUUGGGCUGAAGUAUUCCAACGGCGAUACCUCAGAUCCAAGGCACGGCAGGGCUGGUCGAAGCGGAGAAGAUCCAACGGCGGGCGGAGAGGUCCAAGUCACCACUCAGAUUGCCCAGGGGAAGGUGAUGAGGCAGGGGAAUUCACCAAAAGAAAGAAAAAGGGAAGUCCGGGGUAAGGAUGGACGGCCAAGAUGAUGAAGGGGGAAAAAUAAUGGAUGCGCCAGUGGGAGCCUAGGAGGGGGGAAUUCAAAAAAAAAAAUUCGGCAGGGAAAUCGAUUGAAGCGGAAAAAGUCAUCGACGACCCAAGGGCUCCAUCAAGCGGGACGCGCAUCAUGACAGAGCGGAGCUUCAAAAACGCAAGCAGUGGGCGGCGGCAGCCUAUAGCUC